UUGACAGUCAGUGAAUUCUCAUGAAAGCGCUUGUUGGCUGUGUACAAGCAGCGGUAUCUUUUCCACACAAAAGCUUCUGCGGUUUAAGUUUAUGUUUUACAGGGCCGCGAGAGUCAUUUCAAAAGCACCUUUCCAAUCUCUGCGGCAGCUUUUUUGGUUACGAAAUUCCCGAAAACUGACGUCCAAAAUGUCCUUUCAGUAUCCCCAGGCUUACCGCGACGAGUCAGUUGUGGAUGACUAUCAUGGCUGCAAAGUGCCUGACCCUUACAGCUGGCUGGAGGACCCUGACAGUGAAAAGACACAGGCCUUUGUCAGUGCCCAGAACAAGCUCACUUUGCCAUUUUUAGAGCACUGUGAGGUGCGAGAGCUGUUCAAAGAGCGCAUGACUGAGCUGUAUGACUAUCCCAAGUAUAGCUGUCCCUUCAAGAGAGGAAGCAGGUACUUUCACUUUUACAACACGGGCCUCCAGAACCAGAGUGUGAUGUAUGUGCAAGAGAACCUAGAUGCCGAGCCCACAGUCUUCUUAGAUCCAAACACAUUUUCUGAGGAUGGGACAGUUGCUCUGCGAGGCUAUGCAUUCUCUGAGGAUGGAGAGUACUUGGCAUAUGGCACUAGUGCCAGUGGGUCUGACUGGGUGGAGAUCCGCUUUCUGCGCGUUGAGGGCGCCGUGCCUUUAGAGGACCGCCUGGAGCGAGUCAAGUUUAGCUGCAUGUCCUGGACCCACGAUGGGAAGGGGCUUUUUUACAACUCGUAUCCUGACCAGGAGGGCAAAAGUGAUGGCACUGAGACCUCCACUAACCUGCAUCAGAAGUUAUACUAUCAUGUUCUGGGGACUCCACAGUCUGAGGACGUCCUAUGUGCAGAGUUUCCUGAUCACCCCAAAUGGAUGAGUGGAGCAGAAGUAUCAGAAGAUGGGUGCUACGUGCUGCUGUCUAUCAGAGAAGGUUGUGAUCCUGUCAACAGACUGUGGUAUUGUGACCUCAAGACCACUCCUCAGGGUAUUACAGGACUUUUGCCAUGGGUAAAAUUAAUCGACAACUUUGACGCCGAGUACGAAUACGUGACGAACGAGGGCACAUUGUUCACCUUCAAGACCAACUUAGACGCCCCUCGUUACAGACUAAUCAACAUCGACUUUGCCUCUCCGGAGCAGAGCAGCUGGAAGGAGCUCCUGCCUCAACAUGAAAAGGAUGUCAUUGUGUUUGCCACCUGUACAUACUCCAGCUAUUUGUUCGUGUGCUUCCUCCAUGAUGUGAAGAAUGUGUUGAAAAUGUAUCGUCUGAGCUCAGGAGAGGAGCUGAGGACCUUCCCUCUUGAUGUUGGAUCCAUAGUAGGGUUCACAGGACGAAAGCGAGACUCUGAAAUCUUCUAUUAUUUCACUUCUUUCCUAUCGCCAGCCAUCAUUUACCACUGUGACCUAACCAAGGAGCCCCUGCAGCCCCAUAUCUUCAGAGAGGUCACUGUCAAAGGCUUCAACCCCUCCGACUACCAGACCACACAGAUCUUUUUUCCCUCAAAGGAUGGCACUCAGAUACCCAUGUUCAUUGUUCACAAGAAGGGCAUCAAAAUGGACGGCUCCCAUCCAGGUUUUUUAUAUGGCUACGGGGGCUUUAACAUCUCCAUCACGCCAAGCUACAGCGUGUCCAGACUCAUCUUUGUCAGACAUCUGGGAGGAGUUUUAGCUGUCGCCAACAUCAGAGGAGGAGGAGAAUAUGGGGAGACCUGGCACAAAGCUGGCAUGCUGGCAAAUAAACAGAACUGCUUCACAGACUUCCAGUGUGCAGCUGAAUAUCUAAUCAAGGAGGGAUACACUUCUCCCUCCAAACUGACUAUAAAUGGAGGCUCCAAUGGUGGCCUGCUUGUAGCGGCCUGUGUAAACGAGCGGCCUGAGCUGUUUGGAUGUGCAGUAGCUCAGGUGGGCGUCAUGGACAUGCUGAAGUUCCACAAGUUCACAAUCGGGCACGCCUGGACCACAGAUUUUGGCUGUUCAGAAGACAAAGAGCAGUUUGAAUGGCUGAUCAAAUACUCCCCGCUUCAUAACAUCCGUGUACCAGAAGGCAAUGGGGUCCAGUACCCCGCUGUGCUUUUGCUGACAGGCGACCACGAUGACCGGGUAGUGCCUCUGCAUUCCCUCAAGUACAUCGCCACUCUGCAGCACAUUGUAGGUCGCAGCCCCAAGCAGACAAAUCCCCUUUUCAUCCUUGUGGACACAAAGUCAGGCCACGGUGCUGGAAAGCCCACCAGCAAAGUCAUUCAGGAGGUGGCUGACACUUACGCCUUCAUCGCUCGCUGUCUCAACAUCUCUUGGGUCAAAUAACCUGCAUCUACCUUUUAAAGUGUGUGGGGUUUCUUUUUUUCUUUUUUUAAUCCUUUGGUCAAACCAUAUUUAGAAUACCGUUAAUACCAGAAUACCGUUAAUACCAGAUGUUGACACAUUGUUUAUAGCACUGCUACCUUCCCCCCCCCCCUUUUUUUUUGUGCUGAUCUGUUUUUGUCCCUCCCCCUGUGUGAGCAGAUUAGAUCACAGAGUCAUCAGGCUCUGCACAAAUAUAAGCCAACAUGCAUCUCUCACACCUAAUGUGUUGUUUGUUUUGUGUAGUCACAGGGGGCUCUUUUCAAGGAUGAUGCAGUAAUCAGCCAAUCAGCCGUUAAAGUCAUGAGGUGAAAAUAGCAAAAAGUUCAUUUCAAGAUUGUUCCUGCUCCCUUUGGGUGCUGCAACGUGAUGUGUGUGUGUAAUUUAUUUCUGGGUUGUGCGCAGAAUGGAGUCUGUUUGAUGUCAGAUGAAAUCAGUACAUACAAAUGUUAGUGACAGUAUUACACGGAUGAUGGUACUGCUGGUGGAUGAAAUGAAAACAAAUGCAAAAAAAAAAAUCGGUUGUUUCCAUGGGAAAGUGUGUGUGUGUGUGUGUAUGAUGAUGUGUGUGUGUGUGUGUGUGUG